GGAGCGAGCUUGCAGGCUUGUGAGCCCGCACCCCGGCAGCCCCCCGCCAGGAUCCAGGAAGCAUCCACCAGGAAGCUCCUGGGGCUUGCAGCGGGGCGUUGGCACGGGCACGCGCACUUGCAUCGCCGGCUCGGAUGCGGCGAGGACGCCUCGGUGUCGCGACCUGAGCCAUUCAACAGCUGGCCUCGCCCGCAGCAGUCCCAGAGAGCGACCGGGAGCGUUGAUGGUUGACACUGCGGCGACUGGAGGGAGGCGGCGACAGGAGCUGUGGCGGUUCCGCUAUCCCAGCGGAGCCGAGCGCGGAGUGUCCCCGCCUUAGGAUGCCACAGCACGGUGCUCAUCAUGAAGAGUUCCCAUGAAGCGUGGCCUUUGUGAUAUUUCCUUCUUUGACACAUUUCCCACAGAAGGUGGUGUGAGGACACCAUGACAGUCACAGUGGUUUAUGAUAACUCUGAGGCAACAGAGCUCUGUGCUGCUCAGCACCUCUACCUCAAGCCUAUAGCAAAAUUAAUGAUCAACGUAUUGCUCCCAGAAUGUAUAGAAUCCGUGAGGCCCUUCUCUAACUGGGAAGUUCUUGACCAACUGAAAAGUUUGAUUUGCCCCGACCAGUUCACCACAGUGCGACUCUCCAAGAGUACAAAAGACUUCAUCCGAUUUGAGGGUGAGGCUGAAACCCGAAGUUUGGUUCAGAUCCUGAAAGCCAAGUUACAUGGGAAGAUCAUAAAGCUAAAUGGUUUGAAAACGGACUUGAAAGUAGUGGCUACAGAUGCCCAGGGAGAGUGGGAACACUUCCCCAAAGAGAAAGAGGCCUCGGUGAUUGCGGGAGCUGAAGAACAAGACCAUGCUAAGAGUCCAGAUUCCAUCUAUUUUGAAGGCUUGCCCUGUAAGUGGUUCGCACCUAAGGGUUCCAGCGGAGAGAAGCCCUGUGAAGAGAUCCUUCGAGUAGUCUUUGAGAGUUUUGGGAAGAUCAAGAAUGUGGAUAUCCCCAUGCUUGACCCCUAUAGAGAAGUCAUGACAAGUGGGAGCUUUGGGGGUUUUAACUUUGGCUUGCAAACAUUUGAGGCCUUUAUCCAGUACCAGGAGUCAACUGACUUUAUAAAAGCCAUGGAAUCCCUUCGAGGCAUGAAGCUCAUGCUUAAAGGAGACGACGGCAAGGCUCUGGCAUGCAACAUUAAGGUUAUGUUUGAUACAACCCAGCAUUUCAGUGAAGGAGCUAUCCAGAGGAGAAAUCAGGAAAGGCUAAAAUUGCAAGAGCUUGAGGAAGAGAGGAAAAAAGAAAAGAAGAGAGAAGAGGAAGUAGCUGAAAGAAAAAGAAAAGACGAAGUAAGGAAAGCCCAAGAGAAGAGAAAGAAGGCCAGAGACAGGAGGCGAUCUCUGAAGGAAAGAGACAGACACCGGCCAAGGAAGGAGAAGGUGAAAGCCAAGGCUGAGACUCGUCAGGAGCUGGACUCUUCAGAGGAGUGGGAGGAGAGGAAGUACUUGCUGGCUCAGCGGCGGGUUGAGGCCCUUCGUUUGCUCCGGGUACUCCUGAAGAAAAUUGCGGUUUGGAUGAAAAGGGAGAAGAAGCUUGAGCCUUGUCAGGCUCAUAUUAGCCUUGUCCUGAACUAUCUGGGAUCCACGCAGCGUAACCCUCAGGAGGUUGAUGUUCCAAAGCCUGAAGUGCAACACGCCCCAGGGACUGCAUUGAAACCUCCAGAGGAAGAAGAAUUAAGCACUCUGCAGGAAGAAAUGCCAAGUUAUCAAGUUCCCAAGUCUGACAAUAAACAAAAACAAAAAGUGAAGAAAAGAACUAAAGCCCAGUUACAGAAAUCUUCACAUAGCCCUGGAGUGGGACAAGUAAGAUACUCAACCAGAAAAGAGGAAGCUAGAAAAGUGUUACCUGAUGAGUACGAUUACAGUUUGGUCUCUGACCAGAAUUCCUUGCAGAGUACAGCAAAUCCAGACCAGUCCCUUGAAAAAGAAGACUACGACUAUGGAAGUUCUAAUGAGUCAUAUUCUUCUAGACAAGUUGUGAUAAACCAUGGCAGGAAACAGAAGAUCUAUGAAACAGAUGAAUUUAUUGACUAUCUAUUAAACUAUUAUCAGACUCCAGAAUAUGCCCGAUUCUGCCUCGAAGCGAGUCACCUAAUAAGUACAUGUCAGUGGCAGAGAGACGUCUACGCUAAGGGGGAUGGAUUUCAGGUCAGUCUGAGAAAGCAUAGGUGCCACUCGACCAGUCUGAGUGAAGAGGAGAGCCUGGAAGGGAAAGACCAGGAUCAAGACGGGGGCUGGCCAAAGGAGUAUAUGAAGGAUCCCGAGACCGAGCCAGAAAACACAGGGAAGACCAAUUAUGCCAAAGAAUUUUCUAAGAAAUUAAAAAACUAUUGCAAUGACAUAGCAAGUGAAACUGAAGAUCACCUGUCCCCAAACGAUGGAGAAAGUUAUCCUGUGGAAAAGAUUCACAACCACAGAAUCAAAGAUUCUCACUAUGCAAGAAAAAGUCCGGUUUCUUCAUCAUUAAGGUCAGCAGACGUAGGUUUGUCAUUGGCAGACUUCUUGGAGGAAAUCAGUAGUGAUUCUGAGUGCUUCACUGAAACCCUUAGCGUGAAGGAAGAGGAGGAAGAAAGAUCCAUGGCUGUCUAUGAUAGCUCCCCUGAACGAAGGCCUCUCGACCCUGACAAAAUCAUGACUUGCCGGCAGAAAACUAGGUCAAGUCAGCAGGCCUUGAAUUCAGAGUGGAAACCCGACAGUGAGGAAAAGCACUUUAGGCACAGAGUCAGGGCACCAGGUAAAAGGUCCAAGUAUGAACUGCGAUAUUCGUGGCUUGAGGGUGAAUGGGAUUCCAUUCGAGUUGACAAGAACACAGGCAAAACUAGAGAAAAAAUAGAGCCCAGCCCUGUGUUUGAUGAAGGCUACUACUACAAAUCCAGUUCCAGUGAUGAAUUAGAGAGCAUCUCAAGAAAGAGGAGGAGAGUUACUGGCAGUAUGUUUGGCCAGAAUGUGAAAUACAGACCCCUUCAUAUGCCAUUAAUGCCACCAAAGCGUGCUAGAGCUUUCUAUUUGGGAUACUUCUCCAGAAAAAGGCAGAACUCUUGGAAGUCAGAAUAUAACCAGGCUUUAAGAAGGUUUAAAAGAUAUGACAGUUCUGAAGAUUACAUGCUUGAUGCUGGUCAUUAUUAUGUCGGUCAUGACGACAACCAGGACCACAUUGAGUACAGAGGCUACUUAGGAGACAGCUACUCUGGCUCUUUGUACUUUAAAAUGUUCUGAUGGCCACUCUGAUCAGGAACACCCUUAUUUACAAGAAACAACUGAUGCAAACAAAAACUUCAAACCAAAUAUAGCUAUGUUGUUAGCAACCACAGAACAAGAACUAGAAGAGGUUCAAGUGCACAUACUUGUUCCUCUUGCCAAAGUUUCAAGUGGGAAUCUAAAUGCCGCAAGAUUUGGGAAUGGGUAACCUCUAGGUUCUGAAGCUUAGUGAAGCAAUGUCAUUGCAAAACUUCAUGAUCCAAGGACAGAUUUUAUUUGAAGCUUUAAUUUGGUGCCAGUAAAGGAGCAGACUAGCAUUAAGAAGGCUCUUUUGCUGUCAGAAUGUCAUGCAUCAUCUGUCUUCAAAGAGGACAGUGGUGGACAAAGAGGCACCCUUUCAUGUGUUCUAGAUUUGGUCAGAAGCAGCAUGUAUGGUAACAAACGUUCCUGAAUUUUACUUCGCAGUAGUUCUAGGUAAAGGAGAGAUCCAGAGGCUAGAACCUGUAAUAGAUUCCAUGGCUUUAGAGUUUCGUGGAUACCCACCAGAAGGAAAUGAAUAUAUUCACAGUUCUCGAAGAAGAAGAAGAAUCUAAAAGGGGCUGAUUGCCCUUUGAUAGUUAAAUAGGUGGGACUGUUAGAAUUUUUCUUGUUUGUUUUAUGAACCCCAUAGCUUUCCAUACAAAAGCAAAGCACCAGGAUUGAAUUUAUAAAAUUAAGGGGAUUUGCAAAAGGAAAUAUCAAAAAGUCCUGGAGCAUCAGUAAUGGCACUUGGGAAGAAAAAUUGUGACCGUAUUCUAUUUCAGGCUAUGUAAUCCUUUCACUCAGGGUUGGGUGACAUCAGUUUGUAAAAAGUCACUGAAUAUCCCCCAAACUGACUUUUAUAAAAACAGUAGCAAGUGCCUCCUCUGCCCUUAACAAUGCCAUGGAGUUAGGAAGAAUUAAAAGAGAAGUCCAUAGUUUUCUAGCUGUGGAAGAACUACAGUGUGCAGAAUUUGUAAACCAUGUGAAAUAAGCAAUUGAUCUUUUUUGCUGACUCAUUUUGGAAUUCUUAAAUAUGUUUUUAAAUUGAGAUAUUUGUAGAUUCCCCUUAGUGCAGUGCGUGUUCUGUAGAAAGCCUGGCCAACUCUUUCUGCCUUACAUUGGUUCAGAACCUCAGGGCAGUUAGUUGGCCUUCAUUUUCCCAACAAAGCUCUACCUGACCUGGCAAUUGACCAGUGAAUUAGAGACUGCCUGCAACAGGAAUAGUUGUUUGGAAUCCACAGAAGCAGUGAAGGGCAGCAAUUCAUUUCAGUCUUAAGUGGACUUUCAGCAGGAAGGCAUCUGCUAGCGGAGGCGGGUAGGGUGCCAGUGGAUGGGGUUACUAUCAUGUCUCACAUUGUGUGCCCAUCCACUGCCUCUUGAUCAACACGGUGUCUGAAAUGGUUACAAAAUUGUAUGAUUUGCCUGAAGUAAAAGCCGCAGGUUGUUUGAUUGAUUGAGCUGCAUAUUCCUAUUUGAAGAGAGAUCUGUUCAAGCGCUUAAAAGCUGAGAAAGGAAUGUAACAGAUCCCCAUGUGUUACUAACAUAAAACCAGGUGAAUAGUGUGCUGUCUCUCAUGCUCAGUCUCAUUUGCAAGACAGUGCUUGGUUUUACUGUUAAAGCUAGGUUUGACUUGUCCAGUCCAAAAGAUUGCUCACGGGUUGAGAGUGCCUUUUUUUGGUUGUUGUUUGUUUCGUUUUGUUUUUGAGGACUAGCAAUGGCUAUUCAUGACUAUUCGUGGUCAAAGUCCUGUUGCCCAAAGUAGCCUUCAAAAUUACUAACAACUUAAAUUUUGUCAGACAGUUUUCUGGCAACAUAUUAUUCUCCUCCAAGAAAAAUCGGCCAACCCCCAACACAUUUUAUUCCAUUGUAUUUAUGGGUUUGUAUUAGAAAGCAGCUGACCGUUUUCAAACAAACAAAACCCACUCAAUUUCUUCUCUCGUUUGCUAUAUUUUCUUGAGAGAUUUUAGGCAUCUUUGCUCAGUAGCAAAGAUAAGAAUCAGAUUGCAGAGUUGAACAGCAUGUUCAGUUUGUCCUGUCCUAGGUGUGGCGCUAAGUCAUUUUGAUGUGGCCCUCUUCUCCUGUUUGAUUUGUUUGUUGAAUGCUCUCCUGGGGCCCACAAGUAAAAAUACCGCUUUUGCCGCCCCCUGAAGUUCUGUAUCUGUCUGUGGCAAUGCAUUGUAGAUUUGUGUCAACCCUGUUUUGGUAUAGGCCUUACAAGAAACGUAAUAGCUUACUUUACUUUGUGCUUGUCACUCGGUGACUUAGGAAAGAAUGUAAUGAAACAAACUGUUACGACUACUUUUCUUCUUGUUAUUUAAGUUGUGAAAAGUAUUUUCUCGUAUUUUUUUUUUUUUUUUGUCUUUUCAAACAGGGGCCUGAGUUUUUUGAGUUACAUAGGGGUUUUCGUAUGCUUUUCUUGUAUGUGCUGCUUAUCUGGUAAGGGAAAGUCUAUAAAUGUACUCUGUUCAUUUGUAUGAAUUUCUCAGGUAGAAAGCCAUGUAACCUAGGUAAUUUGAAAACGCAACCAAAUCCAUGUGUUUUUGUUGGAAAACUGUUUAACGUGUUGAUUUUAAAAUAAAUGGUGAUUGAUUCCACUUUGGGGGGAACUUUCUAUCUGUAGUAUGAUAUG